AUGGUUGUGUUGGCCGGAUCAAUUUGUACACGUGGUGGCAAACCACUUCUCUCUCGUCAAUUUAGAGAGUUGUCUAAAGACCGUGUGACGUCUUUGUUGGCAAACUUCCCUACCCUUUUGUCUGAUUCCACGCAGACUCAACAUACAAGUGUCGAAGACGAAUUUGUUAGAUAUGUCUAUCAACCAUUGGAGGAAUUUUACGUUGUAUUAAUGACUAACAAGCACUCGAACAUCUUGCAGGACAUUGAUACUUUGCAUUUGUUUGCGCAGACGAUCACCUCUAUUUUACCUAGUGUUGAUGAAAGGGAGAUUUUUGACAAUUGCUUUGAAAUCGCUAAUGCUUUCGACGAAAUCGUCAAUCUUGGCUACAAAGAAAACUUGUCGUUGUCUCAGGUGCUCACUUUCUUGGAGAUGGAAUCUCACGAGGAGAAGAUACAGGAAAUCAUAGAAAGAAACAAGGAGUUGGAGGCUGCAGAAGAACGUAAGCGUAAGGCUACGGAGAUCUUCCUUUCUAACACUGUAUCUGAGAUUAGAAACAAGGAGAUGAUGAGAAAGGCAAAUAUGAAUGCUUAUGGUGAUAAUGCGGUACUCAUUGGACAGCAGGAUUACAGUCAGGCCAAUUACAGUCGUCCCUCCGCACAACAACAGCCUCCCGCCCUAGCUGGAAGCGGUAUCAGGGCUGCCCCUCCUAGAAAAGGUGGUUUACAACUUGGUAGGAAGGCUUCGGGCUUUGGAGGAAAUUCGGAUGCUCAGCCAUUGCUUGUUGAUCCUACUCCUACAGGUAUAGGUGCUGCUGCUUCAGCCUCAGCCGUUUCUGUGGCCUCCUCUACAGCUGCAGUCACCGCUGCAAAAUCUCAGAUUGCUAACAAUGGAAUCUUGAUCAUCACAAACGAGAAAUUCUCUGCCCAAAUUACCAGAGACGGCUCUAUAACGUCAUCUGAGGUUAAAGGAGAUCUUCAGAUUCGAAUCAACAAUACGGAUUAUGCACACGCCAAGUUGCAACUUUCUUUGAAUAAACCGGAUGAUGUCAACACUCAAUUCAAGACGCAUCCUAACAUUGACAAGGCUCUCUUCCAUUCUACUAGUGAGAUCGGCAUGAAAGAUCCUUCCAGGGCAUUCCCUAGCAACGAUCAGACAUUGGGUGUAUUGCGUUGGAAGUCUGUGCCGAAAUCUAGUGUUGGUGAUGCAAAUCUUCUCAUCCCAAUUAUGCUAACUACAUGGGUUAACAACAACAACGAUGGCACCAUUGGUCUCACUUUUGAGUAUGAAAAUCUUUCUUUCAAGUUCAUCGACGAGCUGACAAUUGUGAUACCUGUGGUCAAUGCAACCAUUGACUCUAGUGACUAUGACAACGUUACGUUGGAGUUUGGAGACGAUGGCUUACACGUGAAAUUAACAGGAUUGACGGAGAACCAGGAAGGUUCGCUCACUAUUACAUGUAAGGAUGUUGAUGAUGAGGAAGCAUUGUUCCCUAUGGAGCUCGCGUUUGAUGUUACGAAGAAACUUGAAGCCGGAGAUAAAGCAUGUCAAGUGAGCGUCGAUGCUGUUACUAAUACAAGUAAUGAUGAGGACCUGCCAUAUGACAUCUAUUACCGGGGUGUUAGUGAGGGUUUCUAUAUUGUGUGA